AUGGUUUUCGACGCUGAGGACGUCGAAGAAGAUAUGGAGGAUCACAACGACCCACUAGUUCUCACGCUACCAGUAGCAGGGUGCAAUAUCAAGAAGAUCCUCAUCGAUGGAGGGAGUUCGGUCAAUGUUCGGUUCUACGAUACCUUCAAACGAAUGGAAUUUAAUGACGAACAACUUUUAUCUUCGUACUACACCAUCUACGGGUUCAACGGAGCAGCCACUAAGCCACUCGGAGACAUUGUCUUGCAAGUGGACGCAGGGCCAAUGAAAGUGGACACUCGGUUUAGUGUGGUAGAUGCACCAUCACCCUAUAACUCCAUAAUCGGCCGAAGAUGGGUGCACAAGCUCAAAGGAGUGGCUGCUACCUAUCACCAAUAUCUCAGGUUUCCAAACUCCGCAAGGGGUAAUAGAAAUAAAAGGAGACCAGGUCACUGCGCGGGAGUGUCAAGCUUUGCAAAACCAACUCAAUAA